CGACGACAGGAUCAUGGAUUCAAGACGAUAAAUACAAUUAUGGCCUGCGUACCUUCGAUCUCACAAUCUCUUCUAAUGUCGACCCCUCGACCGUCUCGCUUCUUCAACCAUGACUUCAGUGCAAUCGCUGGGCCUCCGUGAACCCAGCGCUCUACAAUAUCUGGUCACCGAGUCCAUCCUCCCUCCAGACCCUGCACCGUCCCUGUACAGAUGGUCUGUCUCUCAAAGACGUCAAGCUGAUGGAUACGGUCUUGUUGAAGAGGAAGUACUGAUCACUGAUCACUGCGUUGUCUGGUCUUGCAAUGGCGUCGUUCAACGAGUCUUAGACUUAGCUGUGGAAGGCGAGACUAUCUCACAUGCAUUUAUAUCGACAUUCGCUCUUAGUCAACCGGCAGAAGGCGAAAUUGUUUGCAAGCAGGAAGAGCUCCAGAAUGUCGACAAGCGUGCUUUGGUGGCCGUCUUAAAAACACAAAUCCAUAUCUUUCUGCUCUCGGGCGACACAUAUAUUGUGCCGCUGUCUUUCGAUAUCGAGUCGGCUCACCCUUGCCCAGGUGGUUUCAUUCUGCAACGGAAGCUGGAGUCAGAUGAGGAUCUCGGCAACCCGCUACAACUUCAACAAGACCUCAGCACCAUCAAUGAGACUCUCACUUCUUUCGGAGGCAACAGUUCGAGACCGUCUAUUGUACUCCCAUCGAGCCAGAGAUGGAUUCCACAAUCGAAGUUGUCGACGUCUGCGGGUAUGCCAAGGACUUAUUCGUAUACUCAGCUCAUGUCAGAGUUGGGUCUUGUUGUCCACAGCACGAAUCGUAUGGGGGAGCCUUUGGACGAAUGUAAGGCGUUACCAAGAACCGAGAGACUUCUCUUCGUUUCACGUCAUGACGACUUUGACCUGAGUUAUGGGAGUGAAAUACCACCUGUCUGUCUGGCUCUGACCAUCGAUGAGAAGUCGUCAUUCACGUUGUGGCAGGUGAGUCCAGAUGUCGUCAGUAAAGGCUCGGAAAGGCACCGGAGCAGCCACAACCUAAAGCCACGGUCUUCUUUGAGGAAAAGUUCAAACAUAUACAGACGUGAUCAGACUGGUACGAGCCACCCUACCAGACGGCCAGGCGACCUUAGAGAGAGCCUCGGCGUCGUUGGCGACAAGCAAUAUUCCGAAGGAGGGCUUUUUCCAUCUACCCAGGAGCAGGCAUCGUUCCAGUCAAAUGACUUGGCUUCUCAGCUUGGUCCGGAAUUCGGCGAUGUUGGUGUUCAGACUCGUUCUGCACGACGAAUCAGUUCGAUGCUUGCGCGUACAGACCUUGGAUCUGCAGCGGAUCGAGGAAGUUUCAACGACUUAGGCAUUGGCGCUGGCGGUCGCCAGAGUCUAAACAGGACCGGAAGACGUGGCGAGUCUAUUGGAAGUUUCACUGACCGACACAGCUUUGGAUUUCGACGCAGAAGCUCAUUCCCAACCAACACCUCGGUCUUCAGCACUGGAACCUCGUUCCUUGACAUGUCUGCACGUGGCCUGCUUGAAGAUAUGGACCCAUUAAAGCAGUCUACACGCGGUGAAGACGAGACUUACGAUGGUGCUGCGUCCGACCUUCCCAGGGAUAUUGGAUUCUUCAAGUUAAAGUCAUUUCCUCGAAGUCAAUUGUCAGAUGAUGUCGAUUCUCUUUGUGAUAUAAAAGUCGUGACUCUCCAAAACCCGAAUCUACUACAUCAGGAUACUCAACAACCAAAAGAGCUUUAUACGGGGAUCAUGGACAAAUCUCGGCAGGAACUUAUUCUUGUCCGGAUUCUAGUCAAGACUCGUUCGAGUCGGACAAGGAAAACAUCUUUAGAGUUCAAAGUUACGGAAGUCCGCAAGUUGCCUGGAAUCAAGGACGUUUGCAAGAUUGUUGAUGGCACAAUACAGCGCCUUGUGGUACUGACUGAGUCACGUUCAAAGAUUGUCUCUCUUCAACUUGAAGCACCAUGGUCACCGCCCUUCCGUUUUGAACUCCCGCCGAGGAUUGCGAUGCAUGAUCCCUUCACGAGUUCAUAUUCUUUUAGCACCAGGAAGGAUAAAGACACAGGGCUCAGGCGAAGCAUACCGGGCACAGGCGUAAACGCACAAUCGCUGCUCGAGUCUGGAACUAGCGGUCAGAUGUAUGUGAUUGACCAAGAUCUACGUCGCCAUGCUAUACAGCUACAGCUUGCUCCUCGCGAUCCGCUUGUCCUCGAUAUCCUCAAGAUGUGCGACCUCGUGCUUAGUUCAAGAGAGCAAGAAAGCUUGCUUGUUGCCUUCUGGGAAGUGUCUCAAUGGCUGAAUGACAAAGAAUCCUCAGCACCAUCGGAUUGGCUAGCUAUUGUUGUGGUCCUCUUCUCCCUUGCUGUACCUUUCCUCAAAACCCAGCACCGACAGUCUACGCCUAGCCAUCGACGGAAGAAGAGUGCACUUCUUCGAUCCAGCAGUGGGAGCGCCAUUGACCUCACGAAUUAUGAUACGAUGCAUAACGAAGAUCGAAAUACGAAUUCGCAUGAUGGAUUGCGCAGUCCAGCUUGGGCUUGGCUCCAUCCAAAAAACCAAGCAAUCUCUGCAACAGGAGGGAGGUCGAAAUCGUCAUCCAAGAUUUUAAAUUCCUCUGCAUUUCAUGAACGACUUAACGAGAAGAAAAAUACCUUCAUAAUAGACGCCGUCGCCCUAGCGGCGGAGUAUUUACAAUCUCCAUUUGGGGAGAAUGCAUUUGGCCCUGAAGGGUAUCUUCCUACCUCCAUCAGCAAAGACCGCGAGCAGCGUUGCAACACCAUUCCGAGCAUUCUAGUCGGCUUGCAUCUCCUCUAUGAAGAAAGCAAGCUCGACGUGACAGCCUCUGCCAGAUCUGGAAAGGCAAACGGUAAUUUAAUCAUGGUCAUGGCUCAAUUGGGAUCCUGGCUUCAGUGGAAAGACUGGACAGCUAGCACUGGUUCAUAUUACCAAUUUGAAGCAGUGGAAAGUGACGAUUGUGUGUAUGACCUUUCAGUCAUUGAGGGUCUUUCCAUGCCCGCCCAGCCCUUCAUGCCGCCUUCGAUAUAUUUUCACCUUGAGCAAUGGAUCAACGGCACUCCCAGUGGAGAUUUCCUUACAUUGGCACGGUUGUCAGGUAGAGGAAGUGGAUCUAUUGAUAUUGCCAGUCCUGCAAUGGCCCAGCUAACCCCUCAUACAACGGCUCUCCUCGCCUUUUUCCAAAGUGCACAAGACCAAGCGGGUCUCGAAAACAUGAUACAUGCCUUGACGAAGGCUGGAUUAACAAAAUUGAACGUACAGAGACUGCCCGACGGAGUAGCCGCUGCCUUCAACCAGGUCUUAUCGUCCAAGAAGUACCGUACAAUGCAGGCAAACAAAGAUGGAGGUCCACUCGAGUCUGGAGGAUGGGCUAGUAAAGACGACACGCUACUAUUUCUGAAUCGACCUCAUCUGAACACAAGUCACGAAGCACUCCGAGACUAUCACAGUAUCUGUUCGUCUGCUUUAGAAGCAGAAAAUCUUCAAAGAUGGGACGCAUCAUCUGAAGCCAGCAGACAGACGGUAACCAAACUGAUUUUUAGCAAAGAUCGGCGAUUCCCCGAAGCUUCAAAGCUUGUGAACCAAACACGACCUCCGGUGGUGGAAUGUACCCCUGAACCAGAAUGGACAGAGGUUGAAUUGCUGGAUGCGCAAAAAGAACUGGCCCAAUAUGUCACCCGCCGAACUCUCUCUGUGGCAGCUGGACGCGGCAUGAUGCAUUUUAAUGCUCGAGUUCCACUACUGACAGAACGAGUCUCGAUUCCUGCCUUCAGCCUGCAAUGCAUCAUGAAGCCUAGAAAUGCCACCGAGAGUACGCAAGCUAUGACUUUUAGCGCAGAUAAAGCAUCAUUUACAGAGGAAAAAGUAUGCUGGGCAUUCUUUCACAACGGCGCGUCCAUGGGUCUCAUGAUCUCCAACGAUGCCCAAGGCAUUGACACUUCAUGGAUUUUGUACAAUAAACCACCAGAGUUGACCAACCGACACGCCGGUUUCCUCCUUGCAUUGGGACUCAACGGCCACCUCAAAACACUGGCGAAAUGGGUUGCUUUUAAAUACCUUACGCCCAAGCAUACAAUGACAUCUGUCGGCCUCCUUCUGGGAUUGUCGGCAUCCUUUCUGGGCACAAUGGACACUCUCAUUACUCGUCUUCUGUCCGUCCAUGUCACGCGUCUGCUGCCGCCGGGUGCAGCAGAAUUGAACCUAUCACCGUUGACGCAGACCACAGGAAUCAUGGGCAUAGGCCUGCUUUACUGCAACUCGCAGCACCGCCGAAUGUCUGAGGUCAUGCUAUCUGAGAUUGAAAACAGUGACGCCGAGGAAGGCGCCGCUUCUGAUACAAUUCUUCGUGACGAAGGGUAUAGAUUGGCGGCCGGCUUCGCUCUAGGCCUGAUCAAUCUUGGCCAAGGGAAGAAUUUGCAUGGUCUUCACGAUAUGGGGGUUCUUCAGAGACUUCUUGCCAUUGCCGUUGGUACCAAGAACGUGAACAUGGUUCACGUUCUUGACCGUGCAACUGCUGGUGCCGUUAUGGCCAUAGCCUUCAUCUUCCUCAAGACCAAUGAUGAGGCAGUUGCAAGAAGAGUCGAUGUACCGGAUACACUUCAUCAAUUCGACUAUGUGCGCCCCGAUAUAUUCCUUUUACGAACCUUAGCACGCCACCUGAUAAUGUGGAAUUCGAUACUUCCAAGCAGCAGCUUUGUGCAGACCUCGCUCCCUGCACCAUAUAGGCAUAGGUCCGACCUCAAAUCUACCAAACACCUCAGCACCGGGGACAUGCCCUUUUUCAAUAUAGUUGCGGGAGUUUGCUUUGCCAUCGGACUAAGGUUUGCCGGAUCACAGCGUAGAGAUGCACGCGAUUUACUGAUAUUAUACCUGGACCAAUUUUUGCGGCUGAGCCGCCUGCCUGCUCAUAAUUACGACGCACGUGUGACCUUGAACAGUGUGAGGAAUUGUCUGGACACUCUUGCGCUAGCAGUGGCAACGGUGAUGGCUGGUUCCGGUGAUCUGAUUGUCUUGCGGCGCUUACGGGCGCUGCAUGGACGAACCGACAAGGACACUCCUUUUGGCAGUCACCUUGCUGCACACAUGGCUCUUGGUGCUCUGUUUCUAGCCGGUGGAACCAAAACAUUCGGGACUUCCAACAUAGCCGUCGCAAGCUUGUGUAUUGCUUUCUAUCCGAUUUUCCCCAGUGACGUGCUGGAUAAUCGAGGUCAUCUUCAGGCACUUCGACAUCUUUGGGUGCUUGCUGUGGAAAGUCGAUGUUUGAUCGCUCGAGACGGUGACGCCGGCGGCUCUGUUGUUGGUGGUGUCACUGCAUCCAUUUUGUUCAAAGACGGCACAAUUCAGGACAUUGAGGUUCCCGGUCUCCUACCGGAGCUUGAUACCAUCAAGUCUAUUGAAGUCAAGGGCGAGGGUUUCUGGAAUGCUUGCCUUGAUUUCGCAACUAGUGGGACGAAGCUUCGUGACAACAUCAAAGCCGAGAAUUCUGUGAAUGUCAUACUCCGCCGUCGAGCUGCAUAUGACCGACCACCUCAAGACCUAUUCAAUGCAGAGUUGCAGGCCUUGACAGAAGCCCAGGGUAUUCCAAGUGUGGAUCCGAACUCGACUGCUUCCUAUAUGAACAGUACCGCUGCAGCAGCAACAGGCUCAGCCUCGUCAAGGGCGGGCAUCGCCUUUGAGUGGUUGUUUGGUUUGAGCCCUUUCAGAGACUUUGACCAUUCCGAAAGAUCACUCUUCCUGGGCGCAGCACCAAUAGGCGAGUGGAAUGCUGCAGAGUUGUUACAGAAUGGGGUGGUCGAUUCGAGAUUAGAACUCGAGAUGGGAAGUCUCCCAUACAAGAAUGAGACCGGCUUGUCGGGCCAGAAAGUGCAGAAAGACAAACUGUGGCAAUUACGACUCUUAUUCGGCUGGCUAGAUCGUUGGGAAAAGGAAGAUGAAGAACUUGACAACAUGGCGUCUGCUACCUCGGAGGAGAACAAAUGGUUCAGUAGCUCCGGUGGAACAUGGAUCAGAAAAGAUUUGAUCGAGCGAUUAAGAUGGAAUGUAUGGAGUUUGACUAUGGGAGAGAGUCAUAGCGGUGACGGUGCAAAGGACGAUGAAGCGAUGUGGUGAUUGUAACUCCUGCGAUCGGUUGUUUAGACCUGAGUCGAGCUUGGCAUGUUGAUGUUAGGAGAUUGUCGACAUCAACCAUAGUUUACGCAGUUUCAAUCUUUACUGACAUGACGGGCGCACAAUCACCUCGAAGUCCUCG